CUUCUUCUUUAGUUUGGCAUUACUUAUUUCUUUUCUUUUUCUACCUGAUAAAAAAAUGAGGCUAUAGAUUCAUUUUGGUGCAUAUGUUCAAUGGGUCAAAAAUGUUUGAUAAUUUUAAUUGCUGUGAGAACACACUUAAUUCUAAAAGCUCAAUUUAUGAUAAAUGGAAAAACAGGCUUUCAUUAUUAUUGUUGUGGCUCUUUUCAGUAUUUAUAUUAACAUUGUUGUUUUGUCUCCCAUUGCAGUUCUAACUCAGAUUGGGAAUCGUCAUGAAAACCUGGACAGGAAGCACAAACUGCCUCUGGAAGAGGGAUUUUGUCCUUCUCAUCUUUACUGGGCUCAUGGUCUUGCUCAUCUACAGCCUGACCACAGAAAAAAUUAGAACAGAAAGGAUUUUAGUCUCAAAGCUUCAAGAAAAUCCCGUCCUUUGCCCUGUAGCAAUCUCAGAGGAGAGCAUCACUCCACUCAAAAACACCAAACACUACCUGGUGUCAGCCUUCAUGGACCAGAGAGUGAAGGGUUUCGACAUACGCAUCAUUGGCAUUUUCAAGAGAGACUCCAUCCAUCCUCUUCACUGCUCUUUCUGCUGUGAUGGUGUAUGUAACAAAACCUCUCCAGCCAAUAUUCUCCCACACAGUGACAACUUUGGUUUUCCUUACACUGCUACAGAUGUCCUGUGUCAGAUCCCCGAAAACUGUGAUCCUUCUUAUGUCACUGUUCUCACUCAGCCUUCAUCUAAUGUGUCUGACCACGUAUUCAUUCCUAUAAGAAACAAAAAAGAGGAAAUGAGGUUCAACUUCACCGUCUGUAUCUCCAACUUGUUUGGAGAUUACAACAACGUGCUUCAGUUUGCACAGACUUUGGAAAUGUACAAGUUGCUUGGUGUGAACAGAGUGGUGAUCUACAACACCAGCUGUGGUCCAGAACUGGAACGUCUUUUACAAAGUUACAGCCAGGAGGGUUUUGUAGAAAUGGUUCCAUGGCCAAUAGACAGGUAUCUGAAUCCAUCUAGGGGUUGGAGAUUCUCAGAACAUGGAGGAGACUUGCAAUACUUUGGACAACUUGUGACUCUUAACGAAUGCAUGUAUCGGUCCAUGGAGCGUUCACACUACGUCCUGCUGAAUGACAUAGAUGAGAUCAUAAUGCCAUAUAAACACGACAGCCUGGUGUCUCUGAUGAACACGCUGGAACCACAACAUUCAAAUGUUGGAGAGUUCCUCAUUGAGAACCAUAUCUUUCCCAAAAAGCACUUUGAACCAAGUGGGAGGUUUCAUCUUCCCCAGUGGGAGAAGGUUCCAGGAAUCAACAUUCUGGAGCACAUCUACAGAGAAGACCCAGAAAGAGGGGUUUACCAUCCACACAAGAUGAUAGUAAAACCAAAGUUGAUAGAGCAGACCUCAGUGCACGAAGUCCUUAUUAAGUUUGGAGAACGUUACAAAGUUCCACUGGAGGUCUGUCGCAUUAUUCACGUUCGUGUAGCUCUGCGUGGAUAUUUGAAGUUGGAGGAGCUUAAUGAAGACAAACGACUUUGGGACUUCCAGGAAAAACUGAUUCCUAAUGUGGACAAGGCACUGAAGAGAGCAGGGCUGCUUCCAGCAGAACAAAACUGAAAUUUUUAGCAUUCUUAGAAACAACACAAACUCAAAAAACAAAGUUAUUCAAUGUUGUAAUUGAUAAGAAGCUCAUAUUUCUUUUACUUGAAGUUGGCACAAACAUAGGAACAAAGGGAUUUAACAUGUUUAUAGAGUCACAGAGGUUGGAGUGUCAGGUACUGGGGCCAGGGCGGUUUGGUUAGGCUUUUGUUUUUUCACUUCCGGGUUUACUGGGCUUUAUUUUGGUGUUUCCGGUUUUCGUGCCGUUCUCGUUCUUGCGGUCUUUACGUUCUGUCAUUAUUUAUGUUACGGUUUCAGUUCUUUUGUGUUUUGUUCUUGGAUUUCCUGUUUUAUUUUGAAGUAUUUCCUGUUUGGUUGUUGUUUCGAGU